AUGACAGUUAUUUUAGUUUCGGUUAGUUUAUUUGUUUACGGAUGUUUGGCGAUGCCAUUGGAAAUUUCUGAAAAUAGAGUCCAGAAAAGAUCGAUUGGGGAAGAAUUUUUUGCAACACCUUCCAUUUCAACAAUUUCCCUUGGAGCUCCAACAAUCACUUCACACACUCACACCCACUCAACGGCUAUUAUUGAUCGGCCCGUCGCUUAUCCCGCGAUUACUUCCACCUCCAUCCUUCCAUCAACAACCUACAAUUUUGGAUUAGGUUCAUAUCCUUACAGCUUUGGAUAUUCUUUCAGAACAUUGGGCCUUAGCGGAAGAUAUUAUUCAGAUUACGGAAAAUUCUACCCGAGAAGUUUCCCUUCAGCCAUCUACAAGAAAUCAUUCUACUCAUCUCCAGUUUUGAAAUACAAAUGGUGA